UGCUCGCUAGGCAACACAUUUUACAAAGUAGGUUUUGAUGUCGAAAAUGGCGAUCAAACAAGCACCAGUCUUCAAACGAUAGGGUUUAAGCCUGUACUAAUAGACUUCACGCUGACGGCUUCGAUUACUCCAACCUUCAUCCCUAUACUGAACAUGACUCUUACAUUGCAUCGUUUGUACGUGAAGAGUUUUCUAAAGCUAGUGGGAAACUUCUGAUUCGCAAAUCUUCCAACUUGAUACUAAGAAGUAGGCUCGACACAUGUGAGGAUUUUACUAACAGUCUGUGGAAAGACGAAUUUGUGAAAGGCAUCGCUAGUGAGUGUCGCUGGAUAGAGGACUACGGCUGCGAUACAACCCGCUCCAUUGUGUGGUCUAACUCGUCGAUGCUUGACCAGUAUAGUCGACCAAUCAAUGUCACUACGAAACCCAAAGCAUGCUCAGCGCAACUCAACUGACGAAGCUAAAAUACGUCAAUGUGACAUCUAGAAGAUCAACAAACGUCUACUCGUAUAAUUCGCGCAGCCUUAUACUAUCCUACUGCAUCGCAGCUUUCAUAGCUUUCAUAAGGAUUAUGAUAGGCAUAUUAUCAUGCAUCAGCAAUGGCGUCGCCCGUAGCACCGCUUCCUCAGCUCUCGUCGCCACGACGCGCAACCCCGAGCUCCAUGCUCCAUCCAAGGGUCAUUGCAUCCAAGGGACAUGCAUGGGCUCACUAACUCUUGGCAAAGAAAUGGCAAAGACGAGAUUAGUUUAGAGAGCCAGGAAAGGGCGCUACGAAGGAAAUAGCUAGGACGGAUAGAAGUGUUGAAGUUAAACAUUUGGCAUUUGGUUUUGAGGAU